UUCUCUGCUCAAAUGUUUGGAGAAAGCCAAAUCAGCUAUGAGCAACUGGGUGAAUUACUGAAGUAUGCCACAGAGGGAAAACAUCACAAUGUCACUCAGCCCAGUUGGUGUCGUAUCCACCACCGAAGGCAGCUGGCUGGUGUCGUAGUGAUAAUUUUGCAUCACGUGGAUCAGCUCCAUUUCUACCGAUACUACCUGCAGUUCAAACAUCUCCGAAAGACCUUCAAACACCGUUUCUGUCUGCCUGCCCUUUCUGGUGACUUUAUCGAAAAACCUGGUGGAUCGGGCACAAACAACUGUCAACAGCUCAGCAGGGAAGAGAUGGAUGAGGAUCCCAUAAUUCAGAAAUACGCCGAAAAGGGCUGUAGUCUCUCAAGUUAUAUUUUAACUGGCGAGGAGAUGCUACUCCAUGAUUACCCUAUAAAAGGGUGUGCUGACUGCAGCCAUUUUGUCCAGACUCACUGCAACGGCCCGGUUACAGAUAGCAGCCCCCUCUUUGGAUUGGACUGCGAAAUGUGUCUCACCGAUAAGGGGUCAAAACUCACCCGGAUUGCAGUGGUGGAUGCUAGCGGACGGUGCCUUAUGAAUGAGCUGGUCAAACCCGAAUGGCCAAUAAGGAAUUAUCUUACCUGCUACUCCGGCAUCACAGAGAAGCUGCUUCAGCCGGUGCAAACCACCCUCGCAGAAAUCCAGGCCCGAUUAAGGAAUAUGCUGCCUCCUGACGCCAUUUUGGUGGGCCAUUCCCUAGAUGCUGAUCUCCGAGCUCUAGAAAUGAUUCAUCCGAAAGUUAUAGACACUUCGCUUCUCUACACCCGUAAAGGGGGCAGAAGGUUCAAGCUGAAGUUCUUAGCAGCUGCUGUUCUAGGGAAAGAAAUUCAGAGCAAGGCCCAAUUGGGUCACGAUCCCACCGAAGAUGCCCAGUGCGCCCUUGAGCUGGCCCAGUAUUUCAUUGAACGAGGAGCCAGGAAA